CAUUUUGUAUUCGAAUAGAAAUGAGUACUAUCACUUUCUUGAAAGGACAACUUGUAUUGUGGUUAGAGAAUGUGCAAGAAAAUCCUGUUUCUUCCGAGCCCGCUUGAAACGAUCAUUUGCAAAGUUACGAAUUGAUGGAGUCGACCCACAGGGAAAGUGACUAUGCUGUUCACGUCACACCUGAUAACCUUUUUCAGAUAAAUUGCGAGCCUUUACGUUUCUUCGUGGGUCUAAGCAGUCAGAAAAAUCAUGUUGAGCUUUUGAUUAAGAAACGAGGAGGUUUGGUGUUAGGAAAACUUCCUGAAAGUUUCAAAUUGCAAGGAAUGGUCUUGGACUUGGAUGAAAACGGCCUCCCUUGUGACCCUGAACAAGUAAUUGUACUUCUGGAUACAAAUACGAAACUCUCACGCGCUAGCAAGAUGACGGCCAAGUUGACUGAAUGCUUUUCAUUGUCUUACAUAGAAAGCUGUAUAGAGCAAAACAAGCUGCUCAACUUGAACGACUUUAGGAUUGGAAAUAAGUCUAUCCAUUCAAAUUCAAGAGAGAUUAAACAGACCAAAAAAAGGUUCCAUAUUUCGGAGGAACAACUUGAAGCUGUCUCGCCUAGUGAGGAGAGCCAUGCUACUGCGAAGAUUGCUACUUCGACUACUCCAGACUCUGUCAAAAGAUACCGACAAAAGUAUACCCACGAGCAUGACUUGAUCCUGGUGAAUUUCGUUAAAGAAAUGACGAUGAAAUAUCCCGAAGAGAGACCUCUUGGUCAGAAACUAUGGCAAAGGGCAGAAGAAUUGCAAAUACUGGGCCCCUAUCGUUCUUGGCAGUCCAUGAGAGAACGUUUUAAGACUCGACUACAGCCAUAUUUGCAGCGAGGAUCGGCUUCGGUUUCAGCAUGGAAUCAACUGCCCGUGGAUGCUGAAGAUCCUACAUCUUCGGCAUUUGAUGUAGGAAGUACUUCUAGCUUUUCAGAGAGUUAUAAGGAUUUAAAAAAGACUAUCACGGCUUCUGUUUUUCAACGAAAAAGUGUAGAAGAGUCGGAGAGGCAAAUGCAAGCAACUGAAAUUUCAUUUGCCGAGCAACAAGAGAAGUCAGAUAUCAUGUUAGGCAUUAAUAUCGUCUCGGGACAACCCACUUAUCUCACGGAAGCAAGCCAUUUCCCGAAUCUUCUAUCGACAAAUAACUAUAAAGAUGAUACACAUUUCUGUCGUAAACUACUCUAUGAUGAAGAGAACAAGGCAUUGAAUUGCGAGCAAGAGCGACUUGUGCAAAAAGUUGUUCGAGAACUAAGUAAUAAAUAUCUUGUACCCGAAAGGCGAGUUUGUGUUGCGCUAUUGGAUGCUAAUGGCUCAGUGGACUUAGCAGUUAAGUUUCUUAAUUCCCGCACGGUUUGAUCAGCUUUGCUCUUUCGUAAAUUUUGCAUUCAUUGCAAUUCUUUUACAUCUUAGUUUUUUAAGGAUAUGUAAUGGUUUCUAAAUGAU